GCGAGCAGUAAAACCAGUCGUUCACUCAUACUCGCCACAGUCACGUCUCGGCAGCCGACGGUGAAGGUUACCUGCUUCAACAGUGCUUGAACGGAAACCUUUUCACUGUCUUAAAUUUAUCACGAAGACCAGAAGGUUAAGAGCAGACCAAAGGAAAGAGCGAAACAAGUCAAAGCUGCCGUGGUUAAGUUUGUAAUCGGAAUCGCUUUGUCGUUUUGCCAGCUACGCACGUAUUUUGAACACAGUUUCAUCAUUUUCUCCAACAAAGUUGUCUUCUGAAACAAGAACAAUGAGUUCCCAGGUAAGACAGAACUUCCAUCAGGAUUGCGAGGCUGCAAUUAAUAGGCAGAUCAACCUGGAGCUGUACGCCUCCUACGUCUACCUGUCCAUGGGUUACUACUUUGACCGGGAUGACCAGGCUUUACACAAUUUUGCCAAGUUCUUCCGUAACCAAUCGCAUGAGGAGCACGAGCAUGCAGAGAAGCUCAUGAAACUUCAGAACCAGCGUGGAGGCAGAAUCUUCCUUCAGGAUGUCAGGAAGCCUGAACGGGAUGAGUGGGGCAGUGGUGUCGAGGCUCUUGAAUGUGCUCUGCAGCUUGAAAAAAGCGUCAACCAAUCUCUUCUGGACUUGCACAAACUGUGCUCUGAUCACAAUGACCCACAUUUGUGCGAUUUCAUCGAGACUCAUUACCUGGACGAACAAGUGAAGUCCAUCAAAGAGCUGGGAGACUGGGUGACCAACUUGCGCCGGAUGGGUGCCCCACAGAAUGGCAUGGCAGAGUACUUGUUUGACAAACAUACCCUUGGCAAGGAAAGUAGCUAAAUAACAGAUUCAUUUAUCUUGCUUUGUGUUUGAGAGUGUAUCUUUAUGCUACAGGCCAGUCUGUUUAGUAAUUUGGUUACUCAUCCUUUCACAUUUACACAAGUGAUCUUGUACUCUGUGAUGAGCUGUGACAAAGCUUGCUGUAUCCUGCACCACACCUACCCAUUAAGGUAUUCUUAACAUAUUUGCUUAACACCACGAGCUGCCGGUCUGACCAAAUAAAUCCAACCACCUGAAA